CCCGAGCGCCGCAGCCCCCGUGGGACUCGGGAGGGAGUCCCCGGGGUGAGACAGCGGCGGCCGGGCCUCCGCGGGGAGGGAGGGGGAGGCUCAGGACGUCCCGCUGCCCCCUCGGGUUUCCUGGGCCCCUCUCCCGGCUCGGUCCCGCUUUCGCUUUCGGCGGCGGCUCCGCCGCGGCCCGAGGGGUCCCGGGGGGGUCCCGGGGGUGGCUCCGGGAGCGCUCGCGGGUUCCCGUGCGCCACCCCCAGCUCGGCACCGCCAUGGACUCGCCCCCAGCCAGCUCUGCUCUGGUGCCGCUCCUGCUUGUCCUGGCUGUGCCCACCCCCAGCAGCUGCUGCUCCUUCGCCUUUAACCCCGUCAGCAGCACCUUCAGCGCCCACCUGAACAACCUGACCCCCUGGCUGCUCCUUGAUUACCCCGUGGCAAUGCCCAGCAACCUGGAGCAGGACAGUGCCUGCUCUGACCUCUGGGGGCUUCACUUCGGGGUGCUGGCUCUGCAGCGAAUGUUGGGGGUGGCAGGGAAGGAUUUGGCCCCCCUGCUCAGGACCCUCCUUGCCCAGCUCCACUUUGUGGCCGAGUGUCACAUCCAGGACCCCCAGGGCUGUGUCCGGCUGGAGACGGUGAACGUGUCGCAGCUACUGGAGACCCUGGCGCAGCACUUGAGGGGGCUGCAAGGGAGAUCCCCCCACUUCCCUGGCUGCGCCCGCUUGCGCUGCCACCCAGGCUCGGCGCUGACCAGCCCAGCAGUGCGGCACGAGGGGAGCUCGGGGGCCAGGCAGGGACCCCCCAGCCCUGCUGGACAUGGGCUGGUGCUUCUGGGGGGAGUUGGGGGGGCCCUGGGCCUGGUGGUGGCGGCCUGGGUGCUGUGGAGGAGACCCUGUGCCCAGCCCUCACAGGGACCCACGACAUCGGAGCAGGACAGGACCUGAGUGGCCGAGCGGUACCUGGGGACAGACACAGGCUGGCCUGAGCCACUGGUGAGAAACGGGGACCCCCCCCCGUUCCCUGCUGGAAGCCCCCGGGGCUACACUGGGAUCUCCUGGAGCCAUGGAGAGAUGAGGGGGCCCCCUGCAGUACCCAUAAAGCUGAUGUUGACACCCUGACUCUGACCCUGCUCUGGGAGGAACUGGGCGCACUGGGACGAGCGUUUGAGGGAACUGCCGCUUCACCACGGCCUUUGUGUCGUCCAGUUCCUCGAUCGACACCCUGGCCUGCUCCAGCGCC